AUGGUUAUAUACAUGUAUCUUAAAAUCAAUAAUAUCUCUAAAAGAAGUUAAACAUGAUGCACUUGAUAUACAAAAGCAAGAAAAAGAAGACGGGCCUUUCAUGAAUAAACAUUCUAGCAGAAUUAAGGUUAUGUAAACACCCUUGUGGUGUGUUAUCAUUUCUUCUGUACAAGAACCUGUGUUCGACUGGCGACUGGGAAUUGUUGAUCCUGUCUCUGGAAUUUCCUGAACUAGAGGCUUUUAUUUUUAAGAUUUUAAAUAUCGUUUUUAAAGGCAUCUCAGUCUCUUUCGAUAUAAUGUUACCUUCUUCGAUGUUAAGUAUCAUAAGCAGGGAAAUUUCCACGUCAGCCCCUGCAAAUCAGAUAAUGAAAUUAAGUCGAUUGAGGGUGGUGGAUAACAGCGAGAUAGGAAAGAAAGCAAUGGCAGAGGGUAGACCACCACGAUGCAUAAAUGUCUAUAACAAAGUUGGAGUUGGUUAUAUCGGAGAUAGAAUUUUAGUCGCUAUAAGAGGAGAGAAGAAAAAAGGUAUAUUGGUUGGAUUAAAGCAGACACAGGCACCUAAAGUUCCCAAAUUUGACAGCAACAAUUUGGUGCUCAUCGAUGACAAUGGAACACCUUUAGGCACAAGAAUACACGUUCCCAUCCCACAUAUACUCAGAACAAAAAUGAAGGAGAAAACUCAUAGCAAAGGAGCGGAUUAUACCAAACUAAUAGCAAUUGCAUCCAGAUUUGUAUAGCACAUCUUGUGUACCAUUUUAUGUGUAAUUAAUUCAAUAAAAUGUUAAUACUGUAGUUAUUUAAUA